CGGGCGGGGAGGCUCUCGGGGUGUGGAGCUAUGCUGCCCCGGGGCAGCACGGUCACAGCCGCGGCGCGGGUGUUCCUCUUGAUGGUGACUGUAGAAGGCCUGAUCCCUGGUCAUCGGGAGCUCUCACCCCUUCUAAGGAGCCCCAGAACCUCCCCAGGCCUGAGCCUAACGUUCAACCAGAGCUCCCUUCCUCAGAAAUCCCGACCUUGCUCAAGUCCCCAGUAUUUUUGGGAUGAAUCAAGUAGACGGUGUUGUAGAAGCUGCCCAGCGGGCCAUUUUCUGGAAGCCCCCUGCACCAAGCCCCAAGGGCCCUCCUCCUGUCAACCCUGCCAUCAGAACACCUUCCUAUCUAGGGAGAACCACAUGGAGAAACAGUGUUCCCGAUGUCAAGCCUGUGAUGAGGAUGGCCCUGCCUAUCAGGUUGUUGUUCGGAACUGCUCAGCCGUGGCCAAUACCCAGUGUGGCUGUGCUCCCGGCUGGUUCCCAGAGUGUUCUGUAAACCACUGCCGGUCUGAUUCACCUUUCUUCUGCGUUCGAUGUAGGGACUGUGGGACUCUGCACCGACAUACACAGCUCCCUUGUUCUAAAGAAGACACUGUUUGUGGGAACUGUUUGCCCGGCUUCUGUCAGGACCAGAAGAACAGUUGUAUUCCUGCACCCUGCCCCACUGCUGAGAGAGAAAAGAAGACACUGUCUACAGAGAUCAGCCCAGGGGCCACCAGUAGCAGGCUGACUUCCUACCCCCCCUCUAAGCCCAAGUAUAGAGGUAUCCACUGUGGGAAUGAUUUUGGGAGCCACUCAGAGAUCUGCUCUGAGAUCUAUGGCUCCAGGCAGGAGGUCUGGCUCCAGUACUUUUUGGUGGUGCCGACGUCGCUAACAGUUCUGCUCUUGCUAGGAUGGGGGCUGCUGUACAGUUACCGGAAAUGCUGGGUCCCAAAGCCCCAGAUUCAUUAUGAAACAGAGACAGAGGCCUUGAAACGCCAGUGGGUACUCAACCCCUCACCUGUAGGCAGAGCUUCCCUGCCCCAGAAUAGGUACAACGAGGUGUGUGCCCUACAGCUUGUGGGAAACCGUAGUCCUAGCAGCCCUCCACCGGCCCGGGAAGUCACGGGCCCAGAAGAUGCGUGGCCCGUGCUCUGGGGCCAACCGCCCAACAGAGGCAAUGGUCCUGGGGCCGGCACCCUCCAGCCGGGGCCGCAGCUGUACGAGGUGAUGGACGCGGUGCCCGCGCGGCGCUGGAAGGAGUUCGUGCGGACCUUGGGACUUCGGGAGGCGGAGAUCGAGGCAGUGGAGGCGGAGAUUGGCCGCUUUCGUGACCAGCAAUACGAGAUGCUCAAGCGCUGGCGCCAGCAGCAGCCCGCAGGGUUGGGCGCUGUCUACGCCGCCCUGGAGCGCAUGGGGCUGGAAGGCUGUGCAGAGGACCUGCGCAGCAGGCUGCAGCGGGGCCCGUGCCCGUGCCCGUGCCCAUGACCGUGAUGGAGAAGGGACUGACGCCUGCUUGGCGCCUUGCCUCUCUCUUGCCUCCCUCCAGCCGGCUGAGGGCCGGGAAAGGAAAAAAAAAAAAGGCGGCUCAGGCCCCCGAGGUGGCGGCCGCCGGAAGCCCUAAGUAUGGUUACUUAAGUCUGUAGACAUGUUAUGUCACUUACCCCGCCCCUGAUUCGGAGCGGGCAUUCCCUCCCCCCUCCCCCUGCCCCGUCCCUCCCAGAACCCAAGUGCGGGCGAAC